ACUAGCAAGGAUGGUUCUUGGAUCUGCUUGCAGAGGAGGACCUCUGAGUAAUGGUUCUGGAAACAAAAUUAUUUUCUCAAAUACUUCAUUUUGUCUGACUGCUUUAGUGUGAUGAUUAAGGUACUUCAUCCUUCAAACAUCAGUUUUUUUGUUCAAUUAGAAAUGCUCACUAGCUUUGAGAUAUAGUUAUAGGUCAGAUAUUGAAAAAAUUUCAUGGAUCAUGUAUGGCUCCGACUCCAGAUAAAGAAUUCUGCCUCUCUCUCAUCUAGUAGUUUAUUAUAACUUGAUGUUCUGGCUUCAGGUUUGGCAAAAAUGAGAUGUUUCAACAAUUUGUUCUUUGCUUAAUUCCCUAGUGAGAAUGGGUCGUGACAGUUCUAGAAGCAGCAGGGCCGUUGGGGGAACAACUUUUCUCUAUGGUGAACUUGAUUUGUGGGUUAUAGAAGCCAAAUCUCUUCCAAAUAUGGAUUUAGCUUCAGAAAGAAUGAGGAGAUUUUUCGCUAUGUUUAGAACUUGUGACACUUCCUUUGGAAAGAAGCCUAAGGCCUCUGGCAGGCAUUUAAUGAAUACAAGUGACCCUUAUGUAUCUGUUUGCCUUGCAGGGGCUACAAUUGCUCAAACUAGAAUAAUUGCCAAUUGUGAGAACCCCUUAUGGGAUGAACAUUUCAUUGUGCCAGUUGCACAUCCUGCAGUAAAAAUUGAGUUUCACGUUAAGGACAAUGAUGUUCUUGGAGCUCAACUUAUAGGAGUGGUCGAGAUAGCUGUUGAAAAAGUAAUUUCAGGGCAUGAAAUUAAUGAUUGGUUCCCUAUUAUUGGUCAUUUUGGGAAUUGUUUGAAACCCUAUCCUGAACUGCAUAUUUCUCUUCAGUUUACGCCAGUGAGAGAAAACCCUCUAUAUCAACAAGGUGUUGGGAUUCGACCAGAUUACAUGGGAGUCCCGAAUACAUAUUUCCCCGUCCGUAAAGGAGGGAGUGUAACCUUUUAUCAGGACGCUCAUGUACCUCAUUCCAUGCUACCUAAAAUCUUACUUGAUGGAGGAAAAGUUUAUGAGCAAGGCCAAUGUUGGGAAGACAUAUGCCAUGCCAUUCUGGAAGCACAUCACCUCAUAUAUAUAGUUGGUUGGUCUGUAUACCAUCCUGUAAGACUUGUAAGGGAACCAACAAAGCCUUUACCUAAUGGAGGGGAGCUUUCUUUGGGAGAGUUACUGAAAUAUAAGUCACAAGAAGGGGUCCGUGUUAUUAUGCUCAUAUGGGAUGAUAAAACUUCGCAUGACAAGGUUCUUUUGAAAACGGAAGGUGUUAUGCAGACUCAUGAUGAAGAGACAAAAAAGUUUUUCAAACACACAAGUGUUCGUUGUGUGCUUGCUCCUCGCUAUGCAAGCAACAAACUUAGUUUUUUCAAGCAACAGGUUGUGGGAACCCUUUUCACGCAUCAUCAGAAGUGCGUGCUUCUUGACACCCAAGCUUCAGGAAAUAAUAGGAAAAUAACUGCUUUCAUUGGUGGUCUAGAUUUAUGUGAUGGUAGAUAUGACACCCCGGAGCACCGGCUCUUUAGUGAUCUUGACACUGUCUUCAAGGAUGAUUUUCAUAAUCCAACAUUUCCUUCUAAUGCCCAAAGGCCAAGGCAACCAUGGCAUGAUUUACACUGCAAAAUCGAGGGUCCUGCUGCAUAUGAUGUAUUAACUAAUUUUGAACAAAGAUGGAGAAAGGCUGCAAAAUGGCGUGACUUCAAGCUAAGAAAGGUCACUCCUUGGCAUGAUGAGGCCUUGAUAAGGCUAGAUCGUAUUUCAUGGAUAAUAUCUCCCUCUCCUGGUCCUGAUGGAGACAAAGUUGUGCGUGUUUGUGAUGAAAAAGACCCAGAGAAUUGGCAUGUGCAGGUAUUCCGGUCCAUUGAUUCUGGAUCUGUACAAGGUUUUCCAAAGGAUGUUAAGCAAGCUGCAGAUCAGAGCCUUGUCUGCGGAAAGAACUUGAAAGUAGACAAGAGCAUCCAUACAGCUUAUAUAAAAGCAAUAAGAUCCGCACAACACUUUAUAUAUAUAGAGAAUCAGUAUUUCCUUGGCUCUUCAUAUUAUUGGCCAUCCUACAAAAAUGCAGGUGCUGAUAACUUAAUCCCUAUGGAGCUAGCCCUGAAAAUUGCCAGCAAAAUCCGUGCAAAUGAGCGCUUCUCAGUGUAUAUAGUAAUACCUAUGUGGCCAGAGGGUGUGCCAACUACCAAUGCUGUUCAGGAAAUCUUAUAUUGGCAGGGACAAACAAUGGCCAUGAUGUAUUCAAUCAUUGCACAAGAACUCGAAAAAGCAGGCCUUUCCGAUCAAUAUCAUCCACAAGAUUAUUUGAACUUUUAUUGCCUCGGAAAUCGUGAUGCUCCUUCUUCAGAAAGUUCACAUCAACUAAAUCAGCAAUCGGAUAACCGUGCACAUGCAUUGGCUUUAAAGUUCCGCAGAUUCAUGAUUUAUGUCCAUGCCAAAGGGAUGAUAGUUGAUGAUGAGUAUGUUAUCAUGGGAUCAGCAAACAUUAACCAGAGAUCCUUAGAUGGUUCAAGGGACACAGAAAUAGCUAUGGGUGCUUACCAACCAAAUUACACAUGGGCAGGAAAGAAAUCCCAUCCACAUGGCCAGGUUUAUGGUUAUCGGAUGUCUCUUUGGGCUGAACACCUUGGCAAACUGGAGGAUACUUUCAAGGAACCACAAAGCCUGGAGUGUGUAAGGCUUGUUAAUAAGAUUGCCAAAUAUAACUGGAAAGCAUUUGUGGAUGAUGAUUACAGAGAAAUGAGGGGACACUUGAUGCUGUAUCCACUUAAAAUCAGCAGAACCGGGGCAGUUAGUCCGAUGUCAGGUCAUGAAACGUUUCCUGACGUCGGUGGUAAAGUUCUUGGAGCACCAACCAAUCUUCCUGAUGUUCUAACAACCUAACAGCAUGUUGGCGUGUGAGAUCCAAUAAGUUUUAGUAGCCACAUAUACUACAACCCAAAAACAAAAUUUGCAGGAUGUAGCAUUACAGAACAGUUGAGAGAUGAUACAAAGUGAGACAUUCAUGAGAAAACUACAUUUUAAUGAUGGUUAACACUUAAGACCUGAAAAAAAACCUCUGUUCAGUAGCGGCAGCAGCUGUGCUAAGUGCU